GCACUGUGUCUUACACCUGCAUCACCUGCCGUGUGGCCUUCAAGGAUGCUGAUGUCCAGCGUGCCCACUACAAGACUGACUGGCACAGGUACAACCUGAAGCGGAAGGUGGCCGAGAUGCCUCCGGUCACUGCCGAGAACUUCCAGGAGAGGGUUCUGGCCCAGAGGGCGGGCCUGGAGGAGGAGGGCAAGGCCACGGCCACGUACUGCGCCGCGUGCAGCAAGCGGUUUUCCAACUUCAAUGCCUACGAGAACCACCUCAAGUCCAAGAAGCACUUGGAGCUCGAAAAGAAAGCCGUCGAAGCGGUCAGCAAGAAGGUGGAGCUCUUGAACGAGAAGAACCUGGAGAAAGGGCUUGCUCAAGAGAACGUUGACAAGGAUGCCAUGAACGCUGCCAUCCAGCAGGCCAUCAAAGCCCAGCCGUCGUCCUCACCAAAGAAGGCCUCUGGGCCAGCCGGGGAAGCUGCCGGCUCUUCGGUCGCAGCAGAAAGCCACAGCUCAGCAAGGAGCAGAGAGCGGCCGGAGAAGCCUCCCCGAGUCCAGUGGUUUGAGGAGCAGGCCAAGAGGCUGGCCGAGGAGUCUGAGGAGGAGGACAUGGAGGAAGGUUGGGAAGACAUUGAUUCGGAUGAAGGUGUGGAGUCUGCAGAAGAGGAGAUGGAAGGAGACGGCCCGGAGGUUGAAGGGAAGGCGGCCGGGCAGGACCCCCUCCGUGCGGAGGCCAUCCCCGUGACCGACUGCUUGUUCUGCUCCCACCACUCCAGCUCCCUCGUGAAGAACGUGGCCCACAUGACCCAGGGGCACGGCUUCUUUAUCCCGGACAUAGAAUACCUUGUGGAUCUCAGAGGACUGAUUGAGUACUUAGGAGAGAAGGUUGGCGUCGGGAAGGUCUGUCUCUGGUGCAACGAGAAGGGGAAGUCCUUCUACACCACAGAGUCGGUGCAGGCGCACAUGCAAGACAAGAGCCACUGCAAGCUCUUCACCGAGGGAGAUGCUGCCCUGGAGUUUGCUGACUUCUAUGACUUCAGGAGCAGUUACCCUGACUACCAGGAAGGCGAGGAGGCGGAAGCAUCUCAAGAGCUGCCGCUGGAGAAGAAUGUGGAGUACGACGAUGAAUCGAUGGAGCUAAUUUUACCAUCGGGUGCCAGGAUCGGUCACCGUUCCCUGAUGAGAUACUACAAGCAGAGAUUUGGCUCCUCGCAGGCGGUGGCCGUCAGCAAAAAUAAACAGAGAGUGGGCAGAGUUUUGCAGCAGUAUAAAGCCCUGGGCUGGACGGGCAGCACAGGGCCGGGGCUCGUUCGUGGGCGUGACAUGCAGUACCUUCAGCAGAUGAAAGCAAAGUGGAUGCUGAAGACCGGCUUGAAGAACAACGCUACGAAGCAGAUGCACUUCCGUGCACAAGUCAGGUUCUGAGAAGCCUCCCAGGCCCAAGCGAGUGGGAAAAUGAAACUCAUCUUCUUCUCGUGGCAAUAGAACGGAAGGGGGUCCGGUCGCUGGUCCCUGUGGCGCCGCAGUGGCGGCUGGUGCCUUUGUCAGGGGCUCUGUGUGUGCUGCUGAUUUAUGAAGGCUCCCUAGUCCCAGACAACCCUGCCGUUCAGGUUUCAACUCAGUAAAGUGUAUGCAGAAACAUUUUAUGUUGCUGAUUAGUCCUGAUAAUACCUCUCCGAGUAU